GCGCGCCCUCCGGCUCGCUUGGCUGCGGCGGCGGCGGCGGCGGCGGCGCUUGAGGGAGUCGCUGGGCGGUUCAUUGGCGAAGGAGCUGGCGGCCGGUGGUUCCGAGGAACCGGGUGUUGCGGCCUGUGGCCGCGCAUCGUUCCCGAGCUGGGUUGAUGGCGCUGUACACCCGGCAAGGCGGAGAGCGGUUGAAAGACGUGGACACCACGUGAGGCUGUCCAGCUGACGAAGCCCUCUGGCCCUCGGCCCCUUCCCAAACCUCCGGAGUUGAGUAUUCCCACAGGACAAAAGUGAGGGCAGCAAGAACCACUGGGCAACAAUGUCAGCGGAAGUGGAGACCUCCGAGGGGGUAGACGAGCCGGAGGAAAAGAACUUUGGGGAAAAUCACAUCAGAAUGGCUGAUCUCUCUGAGCUCCUGAAGGAAGGGACCAAGGAAGCACAUGACCGGGCAGAAAAUACCAAGUUUGUCAAGGACUUCUUGAAAGGCAACAUUAAGAAGGAGAUAUUUAAGCUGGCCACCACCGCACUUUACUUCACAUAUUCAGCCUUGGAGGAAGAAAUGGACCGCAAUAAGGACCACCCAGCCUUUGCCCCCUUGUACUUCCCCAUGGAGCUGCACCGGAAGGAGGCACUGACCAAGGACAUGGAGUACUUCUUUGGUGAGAACUGGGAGGAGCAGGUGCAGUGCUCUGAGGCUGCCCAGAAGUACGUAGAGCGGAUCCACUACAUAGGGCAGAAUGAGCCAGAGCUGCUGGUGGCCCAUGCGUACACCCGCUACAUGGGGGACCUCUCAGGGGGCCAAGUGCUGAAGAAGGUGGCCCAGCGGGCACUGAAGCUCCCCAGCACAGGAGAAGGGACCCAGUUCUACCUGUUUGAGAACGUGGACAAUGCCCAGCAGUUCAAGCAGUUCUACCGGGCCAGGAUGAAUGCUCUGGACCUGAACCUGAAGACCAAAGAGAGGAUCGUGGAGGAGGCCAACAAGGCAUUUGAAUAUAAUAUGCAGAUAUUCAGUGAACUGGACCAGGCUGGCUCUGCACCGGCCAGUGAGACUGUGGAGGACAGGAUCCCCGUGCACGACGGCAAAGGAGAUGUGCGCAAAUGCCCCUACUAUGCUGCUGGGCAAGUCAACGGUGCCCUGGAGGGCAGCAGCUGCCCUUUCCGAGCAGCCAUGGCUGUGCUGAGGAAGCCCAGCCUCCAGUUGGUCCUGGCCGCCGCUGUGGCCUUGGCUGCAGGACUCUUGGCCUGGUACUACAUGUGAAGGACCUGUCACGCCACACUGGGGCCUCCUUCCAGGUGACCACUGGCCCAUCUCCACCUCUGACUAAACUAACACCUCAGGUGACUUUUUUAAAUGCUGGGAUUAAAAUAAGCAACCAAUAAAAGCCAGUCGCUCGA